AUGGUUGACGCCGGAAAAAAUGGCGGUUCAGCAUUUAGAGGAGCUGAUGCUUUGUCGAGACAGACAGGAAUGACGAUGGAAGAAGCAUGUCAGAUCUUAAAUAUUAAGAAAAAUGAUUUAAAUCCCGAGCAAGUUACGAGGAAUUACGAACAUUUAUUCAAAGUAAAUGAUACUUCUGCUGGAGGAUCUUUUUAUUUGCAGUCAAAAGUAGUUCGAGCAAAGGAACGUAUUGAAUUGGAAUUAGCAGAAAAAGAUUCAUCAAAAGAGAAAUCAUAG